AUGGACAAGAGAAUGACCUUCAACUUGACAGCAUCCCGAAGGAUCUCGCUACUCCAACUGAACGAUGAUGUGUUGGAGUUGAUUAUCUCCAAGUUGAGUGUGUAUCAACAGUUUGAGUUGAUGCAGUUGCACAGUCGAUUAAGGAGCAUUGUCCAGGUUUUGUGGAGGACGCGCGUGCGCAACGUUGUCCUGCAGGAUGAGCUCCUGGUGCGAGCAUCGCCUGGACAGUUUCAGGCAUUUAUUUCAGCCCUGUCGCCACACUUGGAGCAUCUCAGCUGCCAUCAGCUGGAUGUGAGAAGAUUGCGACUGCUGAGUGAAUUUCGAUUGAGCGGAGUGACAAGUCUGGAGUGGCUAGGAGGCGCCCAUCGACGUGGUCGCGUUCGCUUUGGGGACGAGGAUGUGAGAUUGUUGAAGCGGGUUUUUCCCUCGAUGAGACAAUUGAAGCUACGAGGUUGCCAGGUCACCGGGAAGUAUCUCUGUGAGCUGGAGAUGCUCAAGGAGCUGUCUUUGGGGGAUUGUCAGUUCCUGGAGUCGCAACACUUUCGUGACAUCUUCCGGCAGCUGAAACUGCGCAAGUUUGACAUCAUGGAGGACUGUGAUGAGGUCAACUGCUGUGAUCUGGUCGAUGUCCAGCUGUGUCCCACACUGGAGCACAUCAAGAUUGCCGACUAUCAUCUGUGCAUGGAGUCGGACAUAACCCAGCAGCUGUUACGAUUGCCACGUCUUCACAAGCUCUCCAUCUACUCCAAGAACUUUGUCUUUGAUGUGUUGACACGCAUAGCGUGUCCAAGAAACUCCACAGCUGUCCAGCAAAUUGAAGGAUUUUGCUUUAGCGGUCUGCUCCACGAUUAUGGACGCUUCUUUCGAGAGAUUAGUAAUCUGCGCCAGCUGCGAAGAUUGGAGAUACAUGGUCAGUCGGAGGAUGGCCAGCUGCAGUGUCUCAGCGAUCAGAUACUCUCUCAAUUAUCUAACCAGUUGCCGGAGCUCUGUGAACUGCGUCUCUGCGGUUAUCAGCUGGAGAGUCCAGCGGGAUUACUUCAAUUUCUGAUGAACUGUCGCCAGCUGCGUCUUCUGGAUAUGACGAGAUCACGCUGCAUCGGAGAUCCCUUCAUUGGUCGCUGUCUGACACUGCUCUCCAAGCAAAACUGGCGCACUCAACCCUUGGAAUUGUGGAUCAAAAUGAGCGACAUCAGUGCGAGCAUUAUACAGUGUCCUCGCUAUUUGAUCAGUGGCAAAUUGCUGAGAAUCGACACUAAGCGUAUGAAUCCCAAUCUGGAUUACAUUUCCGGCGUGCUCAAGUUUAGCUUUUCGAGAUGAGAACAUUAUCUGCUCUGCUCUACUGUGCCUCUAAACUUACAUAUAUGCUAUAGACAAAAGUCUCUAGAAUUAUACCAUGUAUUAUAAUCUAAUUAAGACGC